AUGACUACACGCCACACACAUUUCAAGCUAAACACUGGGCAAGAAAUCCCAGCUAUAGGAUUUGGAACAUGGCAAGAUGAAAAGGCACAAGAGGACGCAGUUGUAACAGCAAUUGCUGCUGGAUAUCGUCAUAUUGAUACUGCUGCGAUAUACGGAACUGAGAAGGCAAUUGGGAGAGCCCUUCAGCGGGCUGGUGUUCCCGGCGAUCAACUCUUCAUUACCAGCAAACUGUGGAAUAACAAACAUGACCCAGCUGACGUAGAGACGGCGAUUGAUCAAUCACUAAAGAAUCUGGGUGUUGAUCACCUCGAUUUGUACCUUAUGCAUUGGCCUGCGGCAUUUGCUUCUGGAGACGAAAAUUUCCCAAAAGAUGCCCAAGGAAAUUCCAAGAAUGCAAACAUUGACUAUGUUGAUACGUAUAAAGCCAUGGAGAAACUGGUAAAAUCCGGUAAAACGAAGGCGAUUGGGGUGUCCAAUUUCUCCAAAGCAGAAAUGGAACGGCUGCUUAAGGAAUGCUCGGUUGUUCCCGCUGUCCACCAGUUGGAAGUGCAUCCUUGGCUUCAGCAAAAGGAUUUUGUCGAAUGGCACAAGAGCAAAGGCAUCCACGUCACACAGUAUUCAUCCCUCGGUAACCAGAACGAGAUUUACGUGGGACAUCAGAAGUUUGGAAAACUGAUUGAAGACUCUGUUCUCGUGCAGAUUGCAAAGAAGCACGAGCGCACAGGGGCACAGGUAGCACUUGCAUGGGGAAUCAAUAAGGGCCACUCGGUAUUGGUGAAAUCGAAAACACCGGAUCGUAUCAAACAAAACUUCGCAUCAGACUUUAAGCUAGAUGCAGAGGACAUGCAGGCCAUCGCGGCAAUAGACAAAAAGCUUCGCUUCAACGAUCCUAGCAAGCCCUUUAAGUAUGAGUUUUACACGGACUUGGACGGAAAGCAGAAGUAG